AUGGUAGUUUUAGUGGUCUUGCUGCUGGCUCUGUUUCCUCACAUGGCACAGGAGGCCCACACCAUUAAAUGCAGGGUUCAGUAUCUACACCACCCACUUCACAAGUAUCAUCAGCCAGGAGAUUUCAUCAUUGGUGGCAUAGCUUCUCUCGGAGCCUUUAUUUUCAGUUCAGCAACUUUCACUGAAGAACCCCCACCUGCAUUGUCUGAAGAGCUUGCCUUGGUGCCUAAGGGUUACCAGCAUAUCCUGGCCUUGGCAUUUGCAGUAAAGGAGAUCAAUGAAGACCCUCACAUCUUACCAAAUGCCACCAUGGGCUUCCACAUCUAUGACAGCCAUGGCAAUGCAAUUAAGACAUAUCAUGCCACAAUGCUACUUUUAUCUACACUGGAGAAAUUUCUCCCCAACUAUAUAUGUGAUACACAGAACAAUCUGACAGCUGUCAUUGGGGGUCUCGACGCCCAGGUCUCCCUUCAUGUGGCAACUAUCUUGGAUAUUUAUAAGAUUCCACAGCUCCAUCAUUUUCUGAGAGGUGUCUCAUUUAACAACAGUGCUGGAGACACAGUGUCCUUCAAUCAGAACCGGGAGAUAAUAUCUAGUCUGGACAUUAUCAACUGGAUUAUUUCCUCCAACCAGUCCAUUCAUAGGGUAAAAGUUGGGAGGAUGGAUACUGGGGCUCCUCCAGACCAAGCCUUCACCCUUCAUGAAGAUGCCAUAACAUGGCCCAGGUGGUUUAAUCAGGUUCAGCCUCUUUCUGUCUGUACUGAAAAUUGUCGCGCAGGAUCAAGGAAGAAAGUGAAGGAAGGAGAACCGUUUUGCUGCUAUGAUUGCAUCCCAUGCCCAGAGGGAAAGAUUUCAACCCAGGAAGAUAUGAGUGACUGUGAUAAAUGCUCAGACAAAGACUAUCCAAGCAGUAACCGAGAUGCAUGUAUUCCCAAGGAUGUAAGCUUCUUGUCUCACGAAGAACCUUUGGGCAUCAGUUUAGUCUGCUUGGCGCUUUCAUUUUCUCUGAUCACAGCUCUGGUACUGGGUACAUUUAUGAAGCACCAUGACACUCCCAUAGUCAUUGCAAACAACAGGACCCUCACCUACACUCUCCUCAUUUCUCUCUUACUUUGCUUCCUUUGUGCACUGCUCUUCAUUGGCCAACCUGAGAAGGUGACCUGUCUCCUGCGACAAACCACUUUUGGCAUCAUCUUCUCAGUGGCAGUUUCUUGUGUAUUGGCAAAAACCAUCACUGUGGUUCUGGCUUUCAUGGCCACCAAACCUGGAUCCAGGAUGAGGAGAUGGGUAGGGAAGGGCUUGGCCAACACCAUUGUCCUUUCCUGCUCCUUUGUCCAGGCUGGGAUCUGUACUGUGUGGCUAGCAACCUUUCCCCCAUUUCCUGAUACAGACAGUUACUCAGUGGCUAAAGAAAUUACAUUAGAAUGCAAUGAGGGGUCUGUGAUGAUGUUUUACUGUGUUCUGAGCUAUAUGGGCUUCCUGGCAAUUGUUAGUUUCAUUGUUGCUUUCCUUGCCAGGAAAUUACCUGACAGUUUCAAUGAAGCCAAGUUCAUCAGUUUCAGCAUGCUGGUCUUUUGCAGUGUUUGGCUCUCCUUUAUUCCAUCCUACCUGAGCACCAAGGGAAAAUACAUGGUUGCUGUGGAGAUCUUCUCCAUCUUAGCCUCUGGUGCUGGAUUGCUGUGUUGCAUCUUUUUCCCAAAAUGCUAUAUUAUUGUGUUCAGGCCUCAGCUGAACAACAGGGAGCAGCUAAUGAAGAAAAACUAA